UCCUUUGGUGCCACCGUGGGCUGUUGUUUUCCGGCUCAGACGCGGCUAGUUCAAGUUGCCAUAGCACGGUGAAGCUGAGGGUUGUUCUUCUGUUAGUUUGCACUCACAAAGCGAAAAGCCAACAUCUCUUGUACCUUUCCCAUACUAUGGACACAUCCAGCGAGUCGGAUUCAUACGACAGGAAGCGGGGACACAGGUCUCGGGGGCGUGAAGCCAACCGCAGACCUUGUCGGGACAGGGGCAGAGCCAGUGGGAUUGGAGACGAUGAUCGAGCAGCAGACAUCUCCGAAAAGAUCAAUACCCUGGCAAACACUUUACAGGACACCAGUAGAAACUUGACCAAAGUAGACCAGAUGCUGGGCCAGUACAGGGAGCAUACAGAUGAUCAGGUUGAUGUCAUGGCACUGCUCAGGGAAAACCUGGAGGAGUCAAUCACUGAGCUGCAGAAACAGAGGCUGAGUAAUGGGGCUCGGAGUGCUUCAGCUUCAGCCUCUACCCUGCAUACCAGUGACCUGGAGGCUAUCUCAGGGUCAGAAGGCCAGCGUUUCUACCCUACCACUCCACUGAGGGACUACAAAGGCACUCCAACAAGGAGGAGGAGGUCUCAGUCUGUUGGUGUUCACUUCAAGGAUGCCAGCCUGACAGGAGAGGAUAUUCAUUCUUUACACCAAUCCUUGAGGGAUUUGUGCUGUGACCAGCAGAGACUGUCUGAUGACUUGGGUAAUGAAAUCCUCAGGAGGAACAGGUCUGAUAUUAACACCAAGCAGGCGAUUGAGAGCCUCACAGGCCACAUGACAAUUUCCCAAAGACAAGACUCGGUGUCAUCUCGUGUAGAGCGGCGUCUGCAGGAGCUGGAGAGAGAGAUGCACACUGAGGAGAGGAGCUUGGAGAGAGAGAGAAGGCCUGAGCAGCGGGUGGCCAUGUCUGACGAGCUGCAGGAGACUUCAGGGAGAUGCCAAGUUCAAGCCCAUGAGAGAGAAGAGGCCAUGACAGCCAGGUUAUUGAAAGCAGAGAAGGAGAAGUCCAAGAUGGAGCAGGAUCUGGAGAGAGCUAGAAGACUAUUAGAACAUUCAGAGGAUAGCAGAGAGUCACUUGUUCAACAGGUAAAUGACAUGCGCGGUGAGCUGCUGAGGAUGAGGAAGGAGAAGACUGAGCUUCAGAGGGCCCGGCCGGAGACUUCUCAGUCCACUGCUCAGCCACAUGGCAACCACACUGACAGGGAGGAGGGAAGAGGUGGACUGCAAGGGCCAGAUCGUUUAGACCUAGAAAAAGAAGUGGCGGAGCUGCAAGUCCAGCUGUGCAAAGCCUCUGUGCUCUGUGAGGCUGAAGAACUGAAGAGGGCUUUGGACCGCAAGGAGAAAGAGAGGGUGCAACUCAGCUUACAGGUGGAGGAAUUGUCAUCAGACCUAGUGCGGCGGGAGCAACAGCAGCUACGAAUGCUGGAACAGUUGAGGGAGAUACAGUCAUCCUUUCAGAGCCGAGGGCUGGCAGAGAAGAGGGAGAUGGAGGCAUUACUUCAGGAGAGCACAAGGAGCAGAGAAGAAUUGAAGACCAGGGCCCAGGAGGCUGUGCGCCAGUGGAGGGCAAAGUGCAAGAGACUGCAGAAGGAGCUGGAGGAGGUGAGGGCCCAGGCUCAAUUCCAUACUGACAAGUUCUUGCAGGCAGCCAGAGAAAAAGAGAGCUCUCAGGCCAAGCUGAAGGCGCUGAGCCAGCAGACUGAGUCGACCCGCAGGGAGCUCACUGAAAUCCUUGGCCGUUUGGCCCAGCGCGAGGAAGAACUCCACCGCAAGGACGUUGAGUUGUCUGAAACCCGCCAGCGCCAGCUGUCACUGGAGCAGGAAAUCCGGCAGGUAAGGGAGGCCUCAGCUGCCUUGGAGGAAGAGAAUCGGCGUCAGGCUGCCAUCCAUGCAAGACUAAGGGAAGAGAACCAGAGGUUGAUGGAGCGAGCUGACACCCAAGCCAGUCGUUGUCAAAGAGAUGAGGACACAUGGGCUGAGCUCCAGGCUGCCCUGAAGCAGAUGAACUCAGCCCGUACCAAGCUAGCUCAGCAGCUUGCUAAGGAGGAGAGCUCUAGGAUGGAACUCCAGAAGGUUGCCUUAGAACUACAGGCUAAACUGACAGUGGUGCAGGAAGAGCAGGCUGCACUUGGGCAACAGCUGCAGCUUGAGAGAGAGGUGCAUCAGAAGGAACUGGACAACAUGAAGGCAAUGAUGGAAGACAGCAGGAUAAAAAAGGAUCGUGAAGUACAGGACACGGUUAAGCUCUACCGUCAGGAGCAAGAUGAAUUGCAGGCACACCUAAAGGACGUAAAGGCAGAUGCAAUGUCAGACAAGGAGCUGUGUGGGGUGCUGCGCAUUAAGUUGGACAGAAUGAAGGAUGAGUGUGAUAAGAUGGCAUUGCAGCUGAGCACAAAAGAAGAGGCACAUGCACUUCUCCACAGAAAGUACCUUCUACUCAAACAGGAACUGGAUGACAAAGUCAGGUCAGGUGAGCGGAGAAAUGCUUUGGAGUCAGAGCUGGAGAAGAAGGUGUUGCGGAUGGAAGCAGAGCAAGAGGCAAUCCUUACCUACUUGGGUGAGGAACUAGAUGCAGCCUGCCAUAGCCUGGCUAGGAAUGGUGAAGACAAACUACAGGCGAUCUCACAGAAACCUGGAUUAGUGAAAGACCCUCAUCACUGGCUAGCUGAGACAAAGACAAAGUUACGCUGGCUGUGUGAGGAGGUGCGAGAGCGCGACACAAGACAACAGCACCUGCGGAAGCAGCAUCAGCAAACCAGGGAUCAAUUGAAGGCCCUCAGGCAGAGCCGGGACUCAGAACAGGCCAAUCUCCUGCAGCGCCUGGACCAACAGGAGAAGCUGCUGCACUCCCUCAGCACUGAAAAGAAAGAGCUCUUGGAGAGGAGUCGCAGGAAGGAGGAAGAAAUGAGGAGUCUUCAAGACCGUGUUUUGGAUUUAGAGACGAACACAAGAGUAGCCCUGGACCACUUGGAGUCAAUUCCUGAAAAACAGUGUCUGAUGGAGAACUUCAAGGAUUUGGAGGAAUCACAGAGGCAGAGGGAGAUGGUAGAGCAGCGUUACACCAAAUACAAAGAGGUCGUCUGGGACCUACAGCACCAGCUGGAUGAGUCCAAACGCAAAAUCCAAGAGUACAGAGACGAUAAGCUGGACACCAUGCCCAGGAGCCUGAGACUGGCUGCUCUUUCUUGCUCCAUCAAAGGCCCCAGCACAUUCCUUAGCAGCUCGCUGAGGUCUGACACACUAGCUCCUCGCAAACACCUGACCAGUUCAGACUUGGAUGACUCCGCAGACAACGGGGCCAAAACCCUCACAGAUUAGCUCACCCUCAAGUGAACCUUUAUCUGUAUCUCUACAAACCAAAAUAUAGUGUUUACAGCUGAUUCUACCUGCCUGGUGUUCAUCUAGAACAAAGAACAACUUGACUAUACUAGGAGGCCCUUCACCAACACUACUCCUCCUCAACUACCUCACCCAGGUAAUCACUGAAGGUGCUCGAGAGCAGAAGGGUAAGACAGAGUUCACAGCAAAGUUUGAGAAAUACCUUGAUGGAGGAGAUAUGUUUGUACACUGUGAAGGAUAUACUGUUUCAAUGUUAUUUAUAAGAACCUUAAUAAAAUGUAUUUAAUAGAUUUGAAAAAGGUUUAAACCAAAAAUAGUUUCACUGUUACAUUUUUCCAACAUUUUAACUACCCAACAGCUGUUUUAAAUAUUGUUUCCCAUAUGAACAAUCUGAAUAUGUGCUCUUAUUAUCAUGCCAAUGUGCUUGUGCUGAAUCCUUUAAGUAUACAGUAACUCUACACAAACAGAACUAUGGUGCUUUUUUUUUUUUUUUUUUUUUUUCCUAACACAUACUGGGCUGUCUUGAUCAUGAAUAUGUGACAAAUCUGAUGUUUUUCUAUGUUAUACCACCUCUUUUAAUGUAUUGAGCAAUUUUCUUUAUGGCUUUCUUUUUUUUUGGUUUCAUGCAGUAUAUAUUUUUAAAAAGAGACAAAGUACAAAUGGAUGUCUAUUUUUAUGAUAUGCAAAAGAAAUAUAUACACUAUGAAUAAAUCCCCA